UAUGGCGAUAUCGUUCCGGUGACAGUGAUGGGGAAAAUAUUUGGAGGAAUUUGCUCACUUUCUGGAGUCCUUGUUAUUGCUCUGCCAGUGCCCGUUAUUGUCUCCAAUUUUGCGCGCAUCUACCAGCAAAGUCAGCAGACGGAUAAGAAGAUUAGCCAGCAAGCUUCAAAGACCGCUCGAUUUGAAAUCCUCGCAAAAGAGGAGCAGUCCACUUUCCUGAUGGGAAAACGGCUGGCAGAGUUGCAAAUGAAGGCAAUGGAUACAGAAAAGGCUUACUGUGAGCAAGGAAAUCGGAAUAAUGACGAUGAAAGUGGAUUAAAAAUAGCCUGUGAAGGUAAUGUUGCAGUCACCAAGGAGGAUAAAAUGCCUCCUGACCACAUUAACGCCGUUCGAAAUAGACGGAGCCCAAUAGCUAAAGUGAAUGGAGAUGAUGAGGUUGUUGUUAAAAGAGGAUUGCUCAGUACCCUUCACGAAGAAAUGGAGAAUUCCAUGCACAGCUCCGAAAAUCUAAGUUUAAGUCGCGGUCAACUGCAACACUAUCAUCUUCUCGUUUGUCUCGAACAGAUAAUUGUAAGUUAA